GUUCACAUUUCGGCCUGUUCCCACGACCCUCUACAGGAUUGAAUAGAAGCGGCCCGUCGGAGAACCAGCACAGUCCGCUGCCAGUAAUCACGGCUUCGCAGGUGGACAAAACCAGCGGUUGCGGCGAUUCUGAGGCCGCCAGUGACGCCAAUCUUGAGGCCAGUCAAACAAAAUUGGCCAGAACUGUCGGCGCCCCAGAGGUUCGUGGCAAAAGGCUUGGCGUCGACACGCUUUGCGGCAACGAGAACGACCAGCCGACUGAGUCGGCCAGACGGGACGACGUAAAAGUGGCCCGAACGGAUAGUGCCUGGACUGGUAAAGAGGCCAGUGGACUGUACCACUCUGUCGAGAGGACAGUGGAUCGGCAUUUUGUCAUCCAGCCCUUACAGGAGCUCGAGAAGACCGGCCAAAAUAGCCCCGAAAAAAGCACCGAUCUACACCUUCCUGCAUCUUCCUCCUCCUCCUCUUCCUCUUCUUCCUCUUCCUCUUCUUCUUCUUCUUCUUCUUCUUCUUCUUCU